CAAACAACAUCAGAACAACGGCGACUAUCAGCUGCUACGGUCCGCAUAACGACAAAAUCGCGUUAUAAAAUCUCACAGAAAAAUCACUUCCAGCUCAGUUAAGUUCCAGUAGCGUUUGAGCGAAUAACGAAAAUUUUUUGAAAAAAAGCCAUAUAACAAUAAAAACAAAACACUAAAAGAAAGUAAUUAAAAAAAAAACGCGUAAACGAAACAUUCCUUUUUUCAAAAAGUUCAAACGGGCUUCUACAACCUUUUUUCACACCAACGUUAACAUAAAACAAUAAAACAGUAUGUCGAACAGAAUUUUGGAAGAUUCUCCCAAUGCCCAUAUUAACAAAUCGAUUUUGGAUCGUUACCUAAGUUUGCCCCUCAAAGAGAAUAUUGUACAGGCCACUUAUGUAUGGAUUGAUGGUACUGGCGAAGAUUUACGUUGCAAAGAUCGUACACUGGAUUUCAUACCAACCAAACCAAGUGAUCUUCCCGUUUGGAAUUACGAUGGCAGCUCUUGCUAUCAGGCCUUGGGCUCCAAUUCGGAUACCUAUUUGCAUCCCGUAGCCAUUUACAGAGAUCCCUUCCGUCGUGGCAAUAACAUUUUGGUCAUGUGUGACACCUACAGAUUUGAUGGCACUCCCACGGAGACCAAUAAUCGCAAAACCUGUUUGGAGGUGGUCAACAAGUGUUUGAAUGAAGAGCCCUGGUUUGGCAUUGAACAAGAAUAUACAUUCCUCGAUUUCGAUGGUUAUCCAUUGGGUUGGCCCAAGAAUGGUUUCCCCGGACCCCAGGGACCCUACUAUUGUGGUGUGGGUGCCAAUAAAGUUUAUGCCCGAGAUAUCGUUGAUGCUCACUAUAGAGCUUGCUUGUAUGCUGGCAUUAAAGUUUCUGGCACCAAUGCUGAGGUGAUGCCUGCCCAAUGGGAAUAUCAAGUGGGACCAUGUUUGGGCAUUUCCAUUGGUGAUGAUUUGUGGAUGUCAAGAUUCUUGUUACAUCGCAUUGCUGAAGAAUUUGGAAUUGUAGCCACCUUGGAUCCCAAGCCCAUGCCCGGUGACUGGAAUGGCACUGGUGCCCAUACAAAUGUUUCCACCAAGACCAUGCGUCUGGAUGGUGGCAUUAAGCAAAUUGAAGAGGCUGUGGCCAAGCUCUCCAAACACCAUGAACGUCACAUUCGUGCCUACGAUCCCAAGCAGGGUCAGGACAAUGCUCGUCGCUUGACUGGCAAACAUGAAACCUCUUCGAUUAAUGACUUCAGUGCCGGUGUGGCCAAUCGUGGCUGUUCCAUUCGCAUUCCUCGUGGUGUCAAUGACGAUGGCAAAGGUUACUUUGAAGAUCGUCGCCCCAGCUCAAACUGUGAUCCCUAUUCAGUUGUGGAGGCUAUACUGCGUACAAUUUGUUUAGAUGAAUAAGAAGUUGCAA